AUGAGAGAUACCACCUCCUAUGAAACACAGUCUCUACUGAAUGGCGAGGAUAUCAUAUUAUCGAUAAAUGAAGCGCGACCAAGCUCCUUUCAGAAGAAAUACAUCGCAUUAGUUAUCUUCAUUCUGAUCACAGGAGCUAUUCUCUACGGCCAGUCGGAAGCGGAAAUCGAGUCCAUCUCAGAAAUUAACUAUCAAAAUGUCGUGGAAGACUUGGAUGUGGGGAAGCUUUCCAAAACGGAUAGGAAAUCCCUUCUGGCAAAACUAUUAGAAGAAGAUCCAGAUCUUCAGCAAAUCGAGACUUGGGGCGAGGAAUUCGAGGACGCUAUCGAAGACCAAGAAACCUUCAAUGAAGAGGUUCUCGAAGAAGAAGUCGAAGACGAAACUGAACUCACGAAAGAGCAGAUGGAAGACAAGGACAUUGACCUAGCACUAGACAUUUCCCCUGAAGAAGUCGCGAAUCGCUUCAAAUUACGAAAACGAAUCUACGAUGAAGAAUGCGGGCUUACUGACGCGUCUGGGCCGAUCACAAUUGAGAACUUGAAUUUCACGCUUUCCUCCGUUACACAAGUAUUCUACGAUGACAAGUACAAGGUAAUUAUGUGCGCUGCUCCGAAAGCAGCCACGACGAAUUGGCAAAAGAUGAUGGCCGUGCUCAAAUACGACGGGAUCUACGAUACAGACCACUUCAAGAAAUCGAAUGUGUACAACCAGUUGCCCCGAUUCUCCCAGCUAGCCACGGAGCAUGGCGAAGAGGAGGGAAAAAGACUCGCGCUCGAAAAGCUCAACGACCCGCAAUACACCAAGUUCAUGAACGCACGGCAUCCCUUUUCUCGGCUAGUCUCGGCUUGGCGGGACAAGUUCCCGAAGAAUCGAAAGACUGGCGGCGAAACUUACUGGUUCCGAAAGUAUGGAAGCUUCAUCUCUACAAAGUUUGAGCAGGAUUAUUACGAGAAACCUGAGGAAUACUACAUUUCAUUCCCAGCCUUUGCUGAUUAUGUCGCCUGGAUAGGCAAUCGGCAACGCUUCGAUCACCACUGGAAGACCUUCAAUUACCAUUGCCGGCCAUGUCAAUUACGCUUCGACUUCAUCACAAAGGCGGAAACAAGCUCUCAAGACUCCAAGUUUAUAAUUAACCAGGCUAAUAUAUCACACAUUCCGCAUAUUCAGCUGCCAGAAAUGUACGACAGCAGCCCGCUUCAUUCCCACAAACCAGAAGAUUACUUCGUUCAGGUCAGCCACGUGACAGUCGAGCGGCUGCAUCACGCUUACAGAGAAGACUUUAGAAUAUUUGGCUAUUCGACGAGCUCCUUCGAAAACGCCGCCCAUGGAAAGGUCCCUGAAAUCUUCACACGCCGAAGACGACGAGGACUUUCCCGCUUUGACGAAAAGUACCAUUCAUAUUUACUCAGAAAGCUUUACGCCGAGCACAAACGAAAUCACAGACUCUGGCAAUAA